AGACUCCUGAGUGGACCUGCAUGAGUGAGUGAGUGAGUGGGCGCUUCACUGCAUAAAAAAGCACUGGAGGCGGAUGAAUCUAAACUUCAGUACACCAGAAACGCAAACUUUGCAUAAGAUCAUCCAUUAAUAAAACCAAUCUGUCCCAAAGGCGGCGUGUGUUCAGCUGAGUAUCUCGGACAAAAACAGCAAGAAAGGUCUAAAAACCGAGUGAUUAAUAAAGCAAGGACUACGUUUCGAGGCGGAGUGUUACUGGCUCCUGCUUGGGGUUGCAGAGCGCUGGGUUUUCAGCUCUGCUGAGUUGUCUAGAGUCGGUCUUUGACAAUCAAAACUUUUUUUUUUUUUUUUUUUUUUUCCAUAAAUAAAAUCUGAGAUUGAGUUGAGCACAGGGGCUUGUAAAAAAGGUUUUAGAACAUGUCUUCUAUUUUGCCUUUUACUCCCCCGAUUGUUAAAAGGCUUCUAGGCUGGAAAAAAGGCGAGCAAAACGGACAGGAAGAGAAAUGGUGCGAGAAAGCGGUGAAAAGUCUGGUGAAGAAGUUGAAAAAGACGGGACAACUGGACGAACUGGAAAAAGCGAUCACAACUCAGAAUAUUAAUACGAAAUGCAUCACCAUACCCAGGUCUCUGGACGGCCGGUUGCAGGUCUCUCACCGGAAGGGCCUGCCGCACGUCAUCUACUGCCGGCUGUGGCGCUGGCCAGACCUGCACAGCCACCACGAGCUGCGGGCCGUCGAGAUGUGCGAGUACGCCUUUCACACCAAGAAGGACGAGGUCUGCGUCAACCCCUACCAUUACCAGCGGGUGGAGACGCCAGUGUUGCCUCCUGUGCUGGUGCCGAGACACACAGAGAUCCCCAAUGAGUACCCUCCUCUCGAUGACUACAGCCAUUCCAUCCCCGAGAACACCAACUUCCCCGCAGGCAUUGAGCCCCAGAGCAACUACAUUCCAGAAACCCCACCGCCAGGCUACCUCAGCGAGGAUGGGGAGACGAGCGACCACCAGAUGAACCACAGCAUGGAUGCAGGUUCUCCGAAUUUGUCACCUAAUCCAGUUUCCCCUGCACACAGCAGCUUGGCAGACCUGCAGCCUGUCACAUACUGCGAGCCGGCGUUCUGGUGCUCCAUAUCGUACUACGAGCUGAACCAGCGGGUGGGGGAGACUUUCCACGCGUCCCAGCCUUCGCUCACCGUGGAUGGGUUCACCGACCCCUCCAACUCUGAGCGCUUCUGCCUGGGCCUGCUGUCCAAUGUGAACAGAAACGCAGCCGUGGAACUCACCCGGAGACACAUCGGCAGGGGUGUCCGGCUGUACUACAUCGGGGGAGAGGUGUUUGCAGAGUGCCUGAGCGACAGUGCCAUCUUUGUUCAGAGUCCGAACUGCAAUCAGCGCUAUGGCUGGCACCCAGCCACAGUCUGUAAGAUCCCUCCAGGGUGCAAUCUGAAAAUCUUCAAUAACCAGGAGUUUGCCGCUCUGCUAGCGCAGUCAGUGAACCAGGGCUUCGAGGCGGUGUACCAGCUGACCAGGAUGUGUACGAUCCGCAUGAGCUUCGUCAAGGGCUGGGGGGCUGAGUACAGGCGGCAGACUGUGACCAGCACCCCCUGCUGGAUCGAGCUGCACCUCAACGGCCCUCUGCAGUGGCUCGACAAGGUGCUCACGCAAAUGGGCUCCCCCAGCAUCCGCUGCUCCAGCGUGUCGUAAGAAAAUCCCUCCCCCGCCCCAGACCGGAACUCCUGUGAGACAGAACCCGCGUGGGGUCUGAAGAAUCGCAGCGUUGCUGGUUUCAUUCGCUUUUCAAUGCCACUUCUGCCACUUCUCAAAGACUUGUUAGCACUUUCUGUGGUAAAAGCCAAGGGCAAAGUGCAUUGGAGACAGUACCGGUUAGGAUGCCUUCCCAGAGCCGGUAUCACGUGAUUAUUUUGUUUGGUUUUAUUUGUCUGUUGUUGUAUUGGUUUGUUUUUUAUGUGUUUUGGCAGGUGGUGCCAGAAGCAGUAGCAUGGGAGUAAUAUUCCUGAAAUUGCAGGAUUUCUGCUUCUCUUCUUUGAAUUGUACAGGUAGAACCUUUUAGGGAAUAGUUUAUAACAGGAGCAGUUUGCAAUAAUGCUUGUUUCUUUGUAUUAAAAGAAAAAAAAAACAUUGAAGAUUUAACACCUUGAAUAAAAGGUUUAGUUUUUAGAGCAAAAGAAAUGAAAAAGCUCACAUUAGUUUAUCUUAAUCGUAUCAAACAAACCAUCGCUUUCAACUGAAAGAGUACGCUGCAUUUUUACUUUCACACAAUGUGGAAAAGGGGAACACAUUCAGAAAGUAUCUUUCUUUUAUAAUGAUUGAUAGUGCUGAGAUUUCGCCCUGGCAGUGAGUGAGAAUGCAUGCUCAGUCUAGGGAGGGGUGGGAGUAAGACUCCAAUUGCAUAGCAAAGUGAUCUAUUCCAGGUUCCACUGUUGACUUUAAUUAGACACGCCUGAGUUUGUUACCGAUACACUGUGGCUAAUCAAGCUUGUAUUAAAACCUGGAAUGGGUGAAACUGCUAUGCAACAGGAGUCUUACUUCUGUCCCUGCAUUCUCUUAUGAUGAUGUUUUGCUGGACAUUGUGUUUUUCAGUUUGGUAACUUGCUGCAGUGUGAAGGCAGUGGAUGUUAGAAGCUCAGUUUCUACCCGCCCCUGUGAUAUCACAGUCCGUUGUUCAUGGGCUUCAUCUUACUGCAGUUCAUAAAUUCCACUGUGGGACACAAGCCACAAAUCAUUAACGAGCUACAUUAUUUGACCCAUACUGAAUGCAUCUCAAAAGAACUGAACUUGACCAGUAAAGUGCUGGUGAAUCAGCAACUGUGUAACAAUGCAAACAUGAAUACAACUACUGUAUGCAGUAGUUUUGUUGAAAUGUAGUUUUGUAUUGAAUUAAUUUAUUACUGAGCAGACGAGGAAGUUCAGUUGUAAUUUCUCCAAAUGCUUUAAUAAAGCAGUCCUGUUUCAGCAAUGGUUUCUUUUAUUGACAGUCGUAAAGGAACCUGUAAAUACUGUAUAUAGACACAAACUGAAUGA